AUGACCACACCUUCGCGACGCCGUCUGAUGAGAGAUUUCAAGAAACUCCAGGUAAUUCCAUCCUUCCCAUCUAUUUCCUGUUUAGGAAGAUCCUCCAGCUGGAGUAAGUGGUGCCCCGACGGAAGAGAACAUUAUGGUGUGGGAAGCCAUAAUUUUUGGGCCUCAAGACACGCCAUUCGAGGACGGUACGUUUAAACUUUCGCUCGAAUUCACAGAAGAGUACCCCAACAAACCUCCUUCGGUCAAAUUUCUAUCCAAAAUGUUUCAUCCAAAUGUUUAUGCAGAUGGAAGUAUUUGUUUAGAUAUCUUACAGGUAAGGUUAUCUCUUGUCGUAUUCAAUUUUAAGAAUCGGUGGUCUCCAACAUACGAUGUUGCCGCUGUUUUGACAUCUAUUCAAUCGUUGUUGGACGAGCCGAAUCCUAACAGUCCUGCGAACUCUGUGGCUGCGCAACUUUAUCAAGAAAACAGAAGAGAAUACGAAAAGAGAGUGCAAGCUAUUGUCGAACAGGUAUAUAUAUUUUUUAAAUAUUUUUAAAAGGAUGCUUUUGCCCUUCUACGUAAACGAGUACUUUUAGUCAUGGCAAGCGUUUAACGACGAUGGAGAGGAAGAAGAAGAACCCAUGGAGAAUGAAACUGCUCCGCCAAGCCAACCAACAGCCUCAGAAGACCGUGUGAAUUUUAAUGAAAUCGUUCGGAAUGUAUUAGACACAGCAAAUAGACCUCCCGGAUAUGAUGACAGUGAGGAGCUGGCAGAAUCGCUCCCCCCUCCUCCAGCUCCUCCGGCACAGGAAUGA